AUGGGGAGCGCAAGAGGUUUCGACGUCGUUAAGGGUUAUGUGGACACGGAUUACGGCCAGAUACACUUUCGCAGAUGCGGACAAGGCAUGCCGUCCGUGCUGCUGCUGCAUGCCGCCCCGCAGUCCUCCUCUAUGUUCUCAUCCGCGCUCAAGCGCUUUGCCGCCCAGGGGCUGCACGCCGUGGCCGUCGAUCUGCCCAACUGCGGCGAAUCCAGCCGUUCAUCCGUGGAGCUGACGAUUGCUGACGUGGCAGAGAUCGUGCUGCAGGCCGUUCAAGGGCUGAGAUUCACCCACACGAUUGACCUGAUCGGGCACCAGACGGGGGCCACAGUAGCCUUGCAAAUCGCGUCAGACCUACCCCAGGUGGUGCGGCGGGUGGUGCUGUGGGGCGUGCCCAUGCUGGGCUUCAUGGAGCGAGGGGAUGUGCUGAGGGAAGAACCCCCUGACUACGACGGCGAUUUGGAAGGCACUGUGGCGACUUUCCUCGAGAAGAGAUACCCCUACCCCGUGCCCUGGCAGCUAAAGGUGCGAACUCUCAUAGACAUGCUACAGACCUACGAGCGCCGCCCCUGGCUGACCCGAGCCAUGGCUGUGGUUGACCACGCCGCCCUUCUGGGCGCGCUCCCCAUGCCCGUGCUCUGCCUGGCCGGCGACAGCGAGCCGUUUCAGAAAGCAACGAUGAAGGCCGCCCUGCUGUGCAAGAACGGGCGGUACGUGAACCUCGGCUCGGCCGGCAGUGACGUGGUAGAUGAGAUUCCCGAUGAUUACGUGGCGGAGGUUUUGUCUUUUCUGAUGGAGCCGGAUGGCGAUGGGGGGGUGGGAGCGGGAGGAACGGGGGGAGGGUUGGGGAGAGCGGGGGGGGAAGUGGGGAGAGUAGGGGCGCUGGGGGGAGCGGGGCAGGGGGAGCGCGCGAGCUGGUCGAUUCAGAGUGAGGUGGUGGCGCAGGAUGGGGGAAGGAAGAUGUCUGCUGGUGCUGGCGUGGGGGGGGCAGGGGGCAUGGGGGGAGGCGGGGGGGGAGGAGUGGGGGGGAAUCAAGCGCUACGGCAAGGCUCGUUGCCGAGCAAUCUAGGGGGAGGAGCGGGAGGGGGAGCGGGAGGAGGUGGAGUAGGGGGAGGAGGGGGAGCAGGGGGAGGAGGGGGAGGGGGAGGAGGUGGAGGAGGGGGAGGAGCGGGUGGAGAUGGGGGCCAGUCACCGAAGGGGGAGGGGGAUGAGAGACGGUCAUCGAGCGGACGGUGCGUGGUUGCCGGCAUGAACGGCGGUGCGAACGACAGCCGCAAGGCCAACAUGGUCAAUGCGGCGACGACUUUUAAGAAUUUCCAAUUCGACUUCGACCUCGGGGUGUCGUCUGGAUCCGGCAUCGGAGGCGGUGGAGGUCGCUUGGGAGCGGGAGGCGGCAGUCUCAAGGACCAAAAGCUCGGCGGAGGCUUGGCGGGUGGCGGAGGGCGACCAGGCGCGGGGGGCGGGUACGCGCAGGGCGCAACCUCAUGGUCCACAGGGGGAGGCGGAGGGGGAGGGGGAACAGCGCGCGCUCCCCCCGCCUCUGCCAGUUCCUAUCCGCAGGGGCAGUCGCAGGGGCAGGCGCAGAGGCAAGGGGGAAGCGGGGGCGGACCCAGCUGGGUUCCUCUGGGGCAGUCCGGGAUUGGCAGUGGGGGGAGCGGGGGGAGCGGAUAUGGGGGGAUGGGGAUGGGGAUGGGAAUGAACAGCAAACCUCUAAACUCCUCCAAACCUCUCAACUCCUCCCUGUCGUCAUCUGGUGCGUCAGCAGCAGCUGCAUCUGCCAGCAAAGCUGAUGACGUGUUCGCCAGUCUGUGGAGCAGCGCCACUGCCUCUGCGUGCCCCGGGGCGUCGUCCACGUCAUCGUCCACGUCAGCGUACGGCGCGUCCACGUCAGCGUAUGGCGCGUCCAGGGACAGCGCGGGAGGGGCGUCUGGGGGGGGUAGAUUUGGCGCAGGUGCGGGUGGUGCUGGGCCGGCUGGAGGGGGAGGCGGAGGGGGAGGGGGAGGGGGAGGGGAAGGGUUUGAUCCGUUUGGUAUGGGCGAUCUACGAAGCUCCGUUCCCAAAGCUGGUGCCUCAGGAGCAGGUGGAGCAGGGGGAGGAUUCGGUGUAGGAUCGGGAUCAGCAUCAGGAGCAGGUUUCGGAAUGGGUGGUGGGAUUGGCAGUGGUGGUGGAUUAGGCGGUGGAUUAGGUGGUGGUUUAGGCGGUCAGCCCAUGAGGGGCAGCGGCAUUGGGGGCCCUUCACUGCGCGCCUCUGCCCCGUCCGCCGCUUCUGCUGCCACUUCUGCUUCCUCUGCUGCUUCUGCCGAUCCUUUUGCUGCUUCCUGGCCUGACCCAUUCGCCACCUCCUCCAGUAGCAGUGGCAGCGGUGGUGGUAACGCUGGCAACAUGAACAGCAGCAGCAGCAGCAGCAGCAGCAGUGGUGGCAUGGCAGGGGGAGGGGGAUCCAGAGCCUCAUCCGCGUCUGCAGCAGACCCGUUUGCAGACUUCUCCGCCUCGUUUCCCGUCCCACGCGCCGCUGCCUCCUCUGCUGCCCCUGCCCCCGCGCCUGCUGCCUCUGCUGCUUCGGCUGCGGCUGCUGAUCCGUUUGCUGCCUUCUCAUCCACCUUCGGGACUUCCCAACCCCCCAGCAGCUCCCAGCCAUCUGCCGGUACAGCAGGCUCAUUCGACCCCCUUGUAGACAUGCUGUUCAACCCCAAGCCCACUGCUUCUGCUGCUGCUUCUGCUGCUGCUGCUGGUGCUGCUGCUGCUGGUGCUGGUGCUGGUGGUGGUUUUGCAGGGGCCAGCAGUGACAGCAGCAGUUUCUUUGGAGCGAGCGCAGGUGAUGUUGAUUUUGGGAACCAAGACGCGGGUGACUGGGGAAGCUUCGGGGAUGCUUCUGCUUCCGCCUCCACAGAAACCACUGUAGAGCUAGAAGGCCUCCCGCCCCCGCCCCCCGGGGUGACUUAUAACGCAGCGCUCAAUAAGGGGACGGAGUUCUACAAAGGGGGGCAGUUCGCGGAUGCGAUUAAGUGGCUGGUGUGGGCGGAGCAGCUGGCGGAGAGAGGGGGGGAGGCGGAGGGGGGGGGACUGGUGGCGGUGCUGACUGCAAGGGCGUCGUGCUACAAGGAGGCUGGGGAGAUGAAGAAAGCUGUUGCUGACUGCAGCAAGGGCGUUGGGUGUGCGAUCAAGUGGCUGGUGUGGGCGGAGCAGCUGGCGGAGAGAGGGGGGGAGGCGGAGGGGGGGGGACUGGUGGCGGUGCUGACUGCACGGGCGUCGUGCUACAAGGAGGCUGGGGAGAUGAAGAAAGCUGUUGCUGACUGCAGCAAGGGCGUUGGGUGUGCGAUCAAGUGGCUGGUGUGGGCGGAGCAGCUGGCGGAGAGAGGGGGGGAGGCGGAGGGGGGGGGACUGGUGGCGGUGCUGACUGCACGGGCGUCGUGCUACAAGGAGGCUGGGGAGAUGAAGAAAGCUGUUGCUGACUGCAGCAAGGGCGUUGGGUGUGCGAUCAAGUGGCUGGUGUGGGCGGAGCAGCUGGCGGAGAGAGGGGGGGAGGCGGAGGGGGGGGGACUGGUGGCGGUGCUGACUGCACGGGCGUCGUGCUACAAGGAGGCUGGGGAGAUGAAGAAAGCUGUUGCUGACUGCAGCAAGGUGAGGAGGGGGGAAGGGAGAGAGGCACUUGUCAUUGAGUGCAGCAAGGGGGCUGGCGAGAUGAACAAGGCUGUUGCUGACUGCAGCAAGGUGAGAUGGGAGGGGAGGAGGAGGGGGGGACUGGUGGCGGUGCUGAGUGCAUGGGCGUCAUGCUACAAGGAGGCUUGCGAGAUGAAUAAAGCUGUUGCUGACAAGGUGAGUAAGGUCAGGACCGUGUGGGAAGGGAAGAAGGGAGAGAGGAAAGGGAUGGAGUGCGAUGGGGCAAGGGCGCAAGGAUGCAAGGGUGUGAGGCGCUAUGAUCUCAUCUCCCCUCUUCCCCCCAUCUCCCCUCCUCCUACCCACACAUCACCUCCCUCACCGCCAGGUGCUCACAUGACAUCCCAGCAGCACAGCAGUGUUGAUGCAAAGGGCAUGCCUCUACGAGGCGAUGGAGAAGUACAAGCUGGGGGCGGCAGGCCUGCGCACUCUCUUUUCCUGCAGUGCCACUCAUUCACCUCUGCCUUGCCUUUCAUCUCUUUUGUCCCUUCAACUCCCCAGGUGCUAGAGAUCGAGCCGGAGAACACAGCAGUGUUGAUGCAGAGGGCGUGUCUGUACGAGGCGAUGGAGAAGUACAAGCUGGGGGUGGCAGACCUGCGUCUGCUCUGCACUCACCUCCUUCCCACUCCUUCCCCUGUGCUUACCCUCGCAGGUGCUAGAGAUCGAGCCAGAGAACACAGCAGUGUUGAUGCAGAGGGCGUGCCUCUACGAGGCGAUGGAGAAGUACAAGCUGGGCGUGGCUGA